AUGAGUCUGUUCGUUGCUAGCACCAGGUCCGCCUUCCGGGCUGUCGCCCCUAUCAAGAGGUCUUUCCAGACCCGCCGCUCCUAUGCGACCCAGCCCUCCCAGGGUGGCAGCAGCAGCACCAUCCUCCUCGGUGCCGCCGCUGUUGGUAUUGCCGGUGCCGGCGCCUACUUCCUCUCCGGCUCUGGUGCCGCCAAGAAGGCUGAGGCCAGCGUCAAGGAGGUGACCGAGAAGCUCACCCCCGGCGAGAUCAAGAAGGCCUUUGUCGGCGGCGACCAGGGCUGGGUUAGCCUCAAGCUCGAGGAGGUCGAGCUGGUCAACCACAACACCAAGCGCCUGCGCUUCAGACUCCCUGAGGAUGACAUGGUGUCUGGCCUCCACGUUGCCAGCGCUAUCCUCGCCAAGUACAAGCCUCUCGAUGCCGAGAAGGCUGUCCUCCGCCCUUACACUCCCAUCAGCGACGAGAGUGCCCAGGGCUAUAUCGACCUCUUGGUCAAGAAGUACGAGGGUGGUCCCAUGAGCACCCACCUCCACGACAUGGCUCCCGGCCAGCGCCUCGACAUCAAGGGCCCUCUCCCCAAGUACCCUUGGGAGUCUAACAAGCACAAGCACAUUGCCCUCGUUGCUGGCGGCACCGGUAUCAGCCCCAUGUACCAGCUCCUCCGCGCCAUCUUCAACAACCCCGACGACAAGACCAAGGUUACUCUCGUUUUCGGCAACGUUUCCGAGGAGGACAUCCUUCUCAAGCACGAGCUCGCCACCCUCGAGAACCACUACCCCCAGCGCUUCCGCGCUUUCUACGUCCUCGACAACCCUCCCAAGCAGUGGACCGGUGCCAAGGGCUACAUCAACAAGGACCUCCUCAAGACUGUCCUUCCCGAGCCCAAGAACGAGGAUAUCAAGAUCUUCGUCUGCGGUCCUCCCGGCAUGAUGACCUCCAUCUCUGGCAACAAGAAGAGCCCCCGCGACCAGGGCGAGCUCUCCGGUAUCCUCAAGGAGCUCGGCUACUCUGCCGAGCAGGUCUACAAGUUCUAA